GUAGUUUUUUCGGUGUAAAUCAUGAAAAACGUGAAAAGAGUGAAGAAAUCCGGUAUGGUCAACAAGUUGGGCAAAGCAUUGUGGGCACAUUAUGAACGGCAAUGUGGUGAUGAGCAUCAAGGUGAACCAAGCAUACAGCAAAAUACUCCAGCUUCAGUAACACAGCCCCCUUCUUAUGUUGAAGAGUACCUCGAAGAUAUGCCGGAUGAAGGUGAAAUGUUUUUAGAGGAAGAACUCUUAAGCAACGUCGAUGAUGUAGACGAGGAUGUGGAUUUCCUAGAUCUACCACAAAUGAAUGACGAUGAGCAGCAUGAGGAUGAAAAUGGGUUUAUCGAAGAUGAGUCAAAUCUGUUUGUUAGAAAACUGCGAAUUUGGGCUCUAUCACAUAGAGUAACCCAUGUGGCUUUAAAGGAAUUAUUGUUAAUAUUGUCGGAUAUUGAUGGUCUGCAUAUCCCACAAGAUCCAAGGACAUUAUUAAAGACGCCAAAGGCGGUAGGAAAAGAGAUUACGACAGUUUCGGGAGGAGAGAUGUGGUACCAGGGAAUCGAAAAAUCUUUAAAGCAUCAUUUUCGAUCUAUUACCCCUUCCGUUGAUGUGUUCGUUAUUAAUCUCUUCGUGGACGGCCUUCCUUUACAUAACAGUUCUCCCACCGAAUUUUGGCCAAUUAUGAUGCAGCUUUACGAACAGCCGGAAGUUCCUAUCUUAACGUUAGGAAUAUAUUGCGGAUCGUCGAAACCACACAAUGUGGAGGACUACCUACGGCCUCUAGUAGUUGAUUUGAACCACGCAAUAGAAGAAGGAAUUGUGAUCAACCGAAAGAAGAUCAACAUAUGUUUAAGAGCAUUUAUUGCUGAUACCCCGGCACGAACAUUCAUAAAAGGUAUUUAUAAAAGUAUAUAUUUUUUGUGAAAUGCUUACAACCGUUUUGUUGAUAUUUCAGGAGUAGCAGCUCACAACGGUUAUCAAGGCUGUACAAAAUGCAAAAUUGCGGGAAGAUAUUGCAAAGCAGGACGAAAGAUUAUUUUCGAAGGAGUAGCUGCCGAGCGGACGGAUGCUGAAUUUAGAGGUGGAAAUUACAUCAUAGGGCAUCAAAAAAAAUUGACACCACUUUUAGACGUAAAAGGAUUAGAUGUAGUUAAACAAAUUUUAGUGGCAGACGAAUUGCAUAUAAUCCAUUUAGGAAUAAUACGAAAAUUAUUGAAAGGCUACACAGUAGGAGCUUUAUCUCCGUUUGAAAAAUGGAAUCAUGAAGAAAUUUCAGAAUUUUCAAAAACUUUGGUUAGUAUAGAGUUACCAGCUGAAAUUCAUCGAGUUGUUAGACCGCUGCAACAUGUAGCAUAUUGGAAGGGUACCGAGUACCGCACUUUUUUAAACCAUAUUGGAAUACCGUUUCUUAAAGGACGAAUUAAUGAUGCAGCUUACCAUCAUUUCAAACUUUUUUAUGUAGCUAUUACUUUAUUUUCAAGUCAACAUUUUGCUAGCUACUGGAAACACGCGGGUAAAUUAUUAGAAAAAUUUGUAGUUGAUUAUAGCGAUGUUUACGAUAGAAAGUACUUGACUAGCAAUGUUCAUAAUUUAUUGCACAUUGAAGCAGAUGUAACAAUGUUCGGGGCCCUUCCAACGAUUUCGUCUUAUCCUUUUGAAAACAGGUUGCAAUUCAUAAAAAAAUUGAUUAGAACGGGGCACAGGACUUUGAGUCAGGUUAUUUGCAGGUUAACUGAGCUGAACCAAGUCGAAAAUGAAAUGAGUAAAGACAGAUCAGAAUAUCCACACUUAAAAUACAAAAAAAAUGAAGUAAUUUUGCAAGUAAAACCAA